AUGAAACCAAAAAAAAUAAGUUAUAACAUAUCUGAAAAAAUUCAUUAUUCACUAAUUUGUAAGAUAUGCAUCAUAUGUGAAUGUAUUGAAGUCAUCCUGUUUCAUUUUAAAAGAAGCAAACGAGGCAUGAACCAGGGGUAUAUUAUAUAUCUAUAUUUUUUUGUACAUUACGUCUGCAACAAAAAUAUUACGUGUAAUCUCCAAAAAAAAAAUGAGCGCAGGAAAUCAAGCAUCCUACUAGGAACAUUUUGGAGAAGAAAUCAAAGGAUCCAUGGAUGUCAGAAGAACUUGAAAGGAACCAAUGCAAUUAUUUACUUACGAAAUAUGAGGCUAACCUUCAACAUUUUGUCUCAUUCUCGCAAAAUGCAGAGAGGCAUUGUGUGUAAAGGACAGAAAAACAAUUAG